AUGCAGCUGGGGUUGCUGCUAGCAGCAGGCCUAGCGGGGGCCUCUGUGCUGCUGUUUGCUGCUGCAGGGCGAGCCUGUCUCUCUCCAAGUGAAGCGCAGCAAGGAAGAUCUCUCUUUGCUUUUGCUGCAGCACAUCUUCCUCAACCUUGGGUGGCUGUUCUGUGCGUACUUGCGGUUGCAUGCGUUGUCUCUAGUGUAGAUACCUAUCAAGUAGCGGCGGUGUCUGUUAUUGGCAGGGAGUUAGAGAGACAUAAAAACUCCUUUAACUGGGCCCGGCUAAUGAUGCUUCUUCUUAAUGUUCUUGCUGUUGCGCUUGCUAUUUAUCAAGUGCCUCUAAUGAAGCUCUUUAUGUGUGCAAACUUCCUCUGCGCAAUUCUAUCGGGGCCUUUUCUGCUGUCUGUACACCCCAAGACCACCUCUUGGGGCUUUCUUGGGGGGCUCCUUACAGCAGCGGUGGGGUUGUUGUUAUGCGGCCUUGCAGCAGCAAAAGCUGCACAUACACCCUUUUCUUUCUCUUUCUUUGUGCCUGAAGAUAUCUCUACUCUCCCUUAUCUCUUCGCAUUCCUCGUCGCUCCCCUUGCAGGGGCAGCAGGCACUGCUAUUAUAAGUUUACUGGAUAGACACCUCAACAAACGCUCUUCCGAAGCAGCAACAGCAGCAGAAGCAGCAGCAGCAGCAGCAACAGCAAGCGAUACAACAGUCUCCUUCACCCCACUUGCUACGAAGUCGCAACCCUCAUCAGAGGGAAUAUCAAGCAAGGAGUUUUCAGAGCAAGACAAACAACGCAGCAGCAGGAGCGGUAACAACAACAACGGUGGGAGCAACAGCAGCAACGAAAACAACAACAGCAACAGCAGCAGCUGCCAGGCCUUUCACCCCUUCAACAUCGAGCAGCAAGCCGCCGGAGUGGAGAAUAUGGCGUGA